CUGUGGACUGUGCAACUCGAGUCUUGAAAACGGUUCACGCAGCGGAGGUCGCUCGCGGGUUGGUAGCAUAUGAUAGAUUAACCUAUGUUGAGUUGACAUGACUGCAGAUUUGAUUGACAUUAUUCAGCGGAGGGCCAGUCUGAUGACGUGAGGUGAUAUGACGCUAUCAUUACUGAAAUCAAAGCUGAUCUCUUUCCAUACAUUGUAACAUUUGUAGAUUUACGGGUGUGAUACUGGAUAUAUUCCACACUGAUUGGCCUAGGAUAGCAUCAAGGAGGUCAACCACUGGCAGUUUCUGGAGUGUCUUCGUAUGAUUGGCUGAUUUCCUCAGCACCUCUGUGUCAACAUGGGUUGUGGAUCAUCUACUUCAACAUCACCAGAUUACCCAAACAAUGAUUAUCAUGAUAAUAACGGAAGCGAUGAACGAGGCAACAGACAGGAUCACCAUGACAACAGACAGGAUCACCAUGACGACAGACAGGAUCACCAUGACAACAGACAGGAUCACCAUGACAACAGACAGGAUCACCAUGGCGACAUAGAUCAACCAGACACCGAGGAUAAUGAAACAAGGAUAACUGUUGACCAUGAACCCGAACCCGAACCAGACAUUCCUGAAGCUCGAGACAACGAAGUUGUUAGAAGCAAUCGUCGUCAUAGCGAUGUCGUUGACAAUGACGGUUCAGGUCUCAAGUAUGCAACUGUAGAUUUCCGGACAGCUAAGAGUCCUGGCUAUCACGACAGUGAGCCAAGUGUUGACAGCGGUGAAAGGUGGACUGAUGAAGAAUUCCCUCUUCACGUUGCCAUACAGGAACAUAGGCAGAAGAACUUGGGCUGGAAAAGGGCAUCGGAGCUUGCUGAGGACCCAGUCUUGUUCACGGAAGGAACAACAAGGUUUGACAUUGGUCAGGGGUCGGCGGGGACGUGUUGGUUCUUGUCGAUGGUGGCCAAUCUGUCGGACCAUCCACAGCAGCUCAGGAAGGUUGUCCAAGAUAACGACUACUCUCGCCACACUGGGGUGUUCCACUGUCGCUUCUGGAAGUUUGGUGUGUGGGAAGACGUGUACAUCGAUGAUCACCUCCCGGUUGUCUACGGCAAACAGAUCUGGGGUGCCAAGUCAUCCAGUGAUGACAAUGAGAUGUGGGUCUCCAUGCUGGAGAAAAGCUUUGCCAAGUUACAUGGAUCGUACAAUGCUGUGUAUGGUGGACAGUCCAGCGACGCCUACAUGGCCCUGACUGGAGGAAUAUCGGAGAGACUGGACUUUGAGGAGGAUAAUAUUGAUCCAGACAGCCUCUUCCGUCGUGUCAGGAAUUCCCUUUACACAGGAGCAUUUGUUUCGUGUACUGUUCCGGAAAAGCAUGAUGGAGUUUAUGGAUUAAUUGGAGCACAUGCAUACUCCUUGACGGGAGCACAACAGGUGCAGCGUGACAGCGGCGACAAUGUCUACCUUCUGCGUGUACGCAACCCUUGGGGCAACACCGAGUGGAAGGGCCCGUGGUCAGAUGAGAGCGAGGAGUGGAGUACCAUCCCUGCCGGUGCUGUGCAGCGAGUGAACAUCGAUGACGGAGAGUUCUGGAUAUCGCUGCCUGACUUCCUCACAUACUUCUCCCAGACAACAAUCUGUUCUCUCACGCCAGACUUUGACAGUGAUGGCUGCUCCGAUUCACUCGACAAUGUCCUGAGGAUUUACGGCCAGUGGCUAGGCGAUACAGCAGCAGGGUUCUCCGACAGGCUCCAGAAUCCACGCUAUGUCUUCACCGUCCCGGAUGAAGGCAUGACAGAGGAAGGUUAUGUCCCCUUGGUUGUGCAGCUCAUUCAGAAGACCCAGCACAGAAAGUCGGACUUAGUGUCAGUGCGAUGUGACCUGUACAAGGUGCUUGGGAGUGAUGUGAGUGGCCGUCCCACGUACGUGCUGGAAAUGUUGGGUACAGAAACCAACGUAUACAGCCCUGGAGUCCAGGUAGCCUUUCGACAUCGUGUCGAACCCGGCCACUACGUCGUGGUCCCAUCCACCAUAGACGCAGCUGUGGAGAAGGAAUUCCUUAUAAGGAUAUUUGCCCCUUGUCCCUUGCACAACUGCAGUGAAGUCCCCCGGAACACGACACUGAUGUCAUGCGAGUCGGUCGAAGUUGAUAGCAGUGCAGUAAAACUCACGACUAGUGAGGCCAAGUUUGGGUCAUGGAGGUCAGGAGUGAAUGCAGGAGGUCAGAUCUCAAAGAGAGAGACACACCAUCUCAACCCUCAGUAUGCGUUCACCAUCCCAAGCAGAGGGAUGCCAGUUCCAGUCUUCUUCAACCUCAUGCAGCCUCAGGAAGAACCAAAGUUCCCCAUUGGUCUCAGGGUGUAUCCACUGCAGAGGGAGGCCCCCGUGGACAUCGACUACCUCUAUGACCAGUACGACAACUGCCCAGAGACAGAAGGGGGAGACGGCUCCUUCAUGAUCACGUGGGACUUGAACUUGAAGUAUGUGCUGCCACCUGGCGACUACGUGGCCGUAAUACACAUGGAUGAACCCAACACGGAGAAGGCCUAUGCCCUGCUCGUCCGAUCUUCUGCACACCUUAACAUUAGAGGCUACCAGACGGGACAGUGAGAAGCUGAAAACCACAUGACCUUGGACAAAGUGUAACAGUUGGGCAUUAAACAGCUCCGUUCAUCAUCUUCCACAUGACAUCUCUACUUAUAGAGGCGCUACAGCGGAAUCACUCGACACGCCAUUGUUGUGCCAUGGAGAGUUGUCUCAUGUAUAGGGUCCGAAGGCACUGCAACUUGCUGGAGUUGUUUCUGACCCCUAUCUGGGUUGGAAUCAUAUAUCUGAAUAUCUGGCUCCAUUUAGCUAUAUAAAACCAGUGCCACCUAUUUUUUUUUCAAAAUGCAACCGAAUAGUUAUGUCUACAUGCACUAAGUGCAUGUAAAAAAAUUCUAACCGCUUCUUGUCCACACACAAAAUCAAUCUUUGAACACACUCAGUGCCUAUAAAAAUGAUUUACUAUACUACAUCCCUCAUUCCUUUGUAAUGUGUAAUUUGUCAUACUUUUAUAGUUUGUUUUGUUUUGUUUGUUGUUUUACGCCGCACUCAGCAAUAUUCUAGCUAUAUGACGAUGGUCUGUAAAUAAUCGAGUUUGGACCAGACAGUC